AUGUCGUUGGCCUACGCACGAAAACUCGAUCCUUUCCGAAAAUUGAGAAAACCCCUGGCGAUGGCUCGCUUGUCCUUCCAGAUCAGUUUGGAAUCCGAUGAUAAUAAGCGAGAAGUCGUGGGGAACCUGGGUCGCACCAUUGUGAAGAAAACAACCUUCAAAAUCAGCGAAAAUGCAAUUUUGAGCUUCAGCUACACGGACCUCUGGAGAACCUUGAGCAAACGGGAAAACAUGAAGCUGGAGUACGAACUGGCGUUUAACGAUUAUAGCAACAUGAUCAUGAUGGAGAGCGGCGAGGAGGGUCGCUACACCAUCGACAACAUUUCGCUGGAGUUUGACAAGAUUGAGUUGGACGACAUGCUCAUACAAAUGAUAUCUGAGGAGGAGAAGGAGAGUGAAAAUGAGGACUUCUGGCAUAGUCCACUCGCAUACCAUGCAAAGAAGAUGUCGGCAUUCGCUACACCAGAUCGACUGUAUCAAUACAAAGUGAUGCCGUUUGGUCUGAAGAACGCACCAGUGACGUUCCCGAGACUCGUCAACAAUGUCACUUCUGGUCUUGAUAGUGUCAAAGCUUACAUGGAUGAUGUCAUCAAUGGGUGGGAAGACCAUCUGAAGGGAACACGUGCUUUCUUCAAAAGUGGACGAGAUCAGGCUCAAACUCAGAACACUGGUAGCUCUACUCUCAUUGAUGCCUGCAGAAAUGGAGAUCUGCCUCAAGUGAAACACAUUCUGUCACAAGGUACUGCAAACAUCAAUACAAGGGAGUAUGACAGGACACCAGCAAUGAUAGCGGUAAACGAGGGGCACAGAGAAAUACUUGAAUUACUUGUGAAGAAAGGUUCUGAUCUGUCUCAGUUAGAUGAUGAUCAAAACAAUAUCUUACAUCUUGCCUCUAAGGAAGGACACUUAGAGAUAGUGAAGUACAUCCAUUCACUGAACAUCAUUGACAUUGAAAGUAGAGGCGUUCAUGGGAAGACACCAAUCAUGCUGGCUGCAUUGUUCGGACAGACGGGGGUGUUUGUUUUCCUUGUAGAAAUGGGAGCUCAUCUCUCAUUGUUGGAUGAUAGCGCUGAGAAUAUUCUUCAUCUGUCCUGCCGAGGUGGAGAUGAAAAGAUCGUUAAAUAUAUAAUCAAACUCAAUGUGGUGGACAUAAACAGUAAACAGCUUGGAGGCAAGACAGCAGUGUCACUGGCAGCCGCAUCUGGGAAUAGGGCUGCAUUUGAUAAUCUUGUGGAAAUGAGAGCUGAUCUGUUGGCAGUAGAUGUAUUGGGGAACAGCGUCCUUCAUUUGGCCUGUCAAGGAGGAAAUAUGGACAUAGUCAAGUAUGCCGUCAAACAAAACAUAGUGGACAUUAACAGUAGAAGGGCUGACGGGAGAACACCAGCAUCGAUUGCAGCUGUUUCCGGCCAUUCAGCAUUAUUUCAGUAUCUCGUGAAAGUUGGAGCGGAUAUGUCGGUAGUAGAUGUCUAUGGUGACAACAUCCUUCAUUCGUCCAGUGCAGGAGGAAAUAUGGACAUAGUGAAGUAUGUAUGCAAACAAAACAUAGUUGACAUAAACACUAAAGCCGCUUUCGGGGAAACCCCAGCAUCCAUAGCAGCUACUUACGGCCACCUAGCAGUACUUGAGUAUCUUGUGAAAAGUGGAGCUAAUCUGUCGGCAGUAAAUGAAGAUGGUGACAACAUCCUUCAUUUGGCCUGUCAAGGAGGAGAUCUGGACACAGUAAAGUAUGUUCUUAACCUAAAUGUAGUUGACAUAAAUAGUAAGGGGAUUGACGGGUAUACCCCACUUAUGCUUGCAAGAGAACUGGAGGAUAGAGAUGUGUUUGAUUUACUGAUAGAGAGCGGAGCUGAUGUCCCAGUUGAGAAUUAUGAUCGUGAUAACGUGUUUCGCAUGGAUAUGAUCACAUUCUGUAAGAUGUGCUGUCACACAGCAUGGCAGUUCUAA